CUGCCAAAGUCUCCGAAACUCUGCUUCACUCAAUUACACUGCUGCCGCCGGUCGGAGCGUGGAGCCUCAAAUUCGGAUCGAAAGACGCACCCAGCCCCAUCUUCUUGAAGUGUUUCUUUGCACCGAUUCCUGUGGACCACCAUGGUCUCAUUAGCCACAAGUCUACGUUUACGUACGCGUUGUGCCCAGUACUAGUGUCCCGACAGCUUGAAAAGCAGUUGAGCCCCUGCGAGUCGAGUCUCGCGAACGACGAACGGCGAAGUCCGCGUCAAAUUCACGAGCCAAAUGGUACUCACGUGCUCGAGGAACCGAUGACGCUGUGCAGGCCUCCAAGCAGACCGAUGGAGGCCGAGUACAAGUCGACUCCAGUCUUCGAGGCCGCUCGUCUCCUCCAGUUCAUCGCCAUCCACGGCGUCCAGGCUACAAUGCACAGUCGCUGACACUCUGGCCCCCACCCCUCAUGCAUCUCCGCUUCUCUGCCUUGCCGCCUGGCCUCCGACACGCCAUUUUUGCGCCGUGUCGCUCUAGUCUAUCCAUUCGCACCGCGGCCCGUCAACAUUCCGCGUUCUGGACACGUUCGACGCAACGUUCGUUCUCCUCCCAAUUCUUCACUCGAACAGCUGCGCCUACGCCCUCACUGUACCGCAAGCUCCUUCUGCUCGUUCCAGUUGCAGGAGGUAUUGUCCUCUAUGCCUCGCCGGAGCCUCAUACAGGGAAAACAAGUUUCUUCACCUCGGACAAGCUUAUUCCAUGUCCGGUAGCCGCGCAACCUGUUUUUGAACCCACAAUCUUAUCGCCCGCCGAACCUGAAGACCAGCGCAUCACAUGGCGAAUAGUGGUGCUCGUACGCGAAUACAUAUGGGAGCCUAUACUGACCGCCAGGCGGUUCGUGCAGCUAUGUUUCCUCUUUGUUCCUAGGUUCUCUGGAGAUAGGUGGGGUGCCGUGUGGUGGUAUGGAUUCCUCACCUCCCAGAUGCAGAGGGCGGGGCCUACAUUUGUGAAGCUGGCUCAAUGGGCAGCAUCGCGCCCAUCCUUCUCUCACACGAAAGGCGUGAUCGAGCGCGUCUUCCAACGACCGUUCAACGAGGUUUUCGAAGAGUUUGAUGAAACACCCAUCGGCACAGGUGCUAUAGCGCAGGUGAGUAUACAAAGGACCCUCAAGCAGGACCUCAUACCGCCGACACACCUCACUCCGAAGCGCCAACGCAGACAUAUGCUCCCGGAAGCUCUGAGCAAUGAAGCACCUAUGUCCGUACCUACUGCAGCGCUCAUCGCACGGGACCUCGCCAUCAUGUCCUUCUUUGCCAAUGCCCUGACAUUCUUCCCUGGCAUGCAAUGGCUAUCGCUGCCUGAGGAAGUCACUGUAUUCGGACAGAUGAUGAACGAGCAACUCGACUUGAGGAUAGAAGCAACCAAUCUAGAGGUAUUCGAGAAGAACUUCGCCACCAGGAAGCUACCCGUGACGUUUCCUCGACCUUUGACCAUGUGGAGUACGAAGGACGUGCUGGUUGAAGAGUUCCAAAACGCCCUGCCUUUGGAGCUGUUCAUGAAGAACGGAGGUGGGGCCUACAAUGACCUGCUGGCUGAGGUUGGGUUAGAUACCUUCCUGAACAUGCUGCUGCUGGACAACUUCGUACAUGCCGACCUUCACCCUGGAAACAUCAUGAUCAAGUUCACGAAACCCUCAAACAUCUCCAUCCGGGGUACGGCUUCAAAUUUCGUGCACAAACCUGCCGACCCCGUAGCCACUUCUGAAGCCGCCCAAUCGGUGAAUGACGGUAUCGUCGACCACCUACGGCAACUGAUGCACGACCCGCCUGCGUGGCGUGCCGAGCUCGAGAAGCUGCACGCUGACGGCUACGUUCCCGAGGUCGUCUUCGUCGACGCCGGACUCGUGACGACCCUCAACGAGAAGAACCGCACGAACUUCCUGGACCUCUUCCGCGCCGUCGCCGAGUUUGACGGGUACCGGGCGGGGAUCCUGAUGGUGGAGCGGUGUCGCACCCCAGAACUCGCGAUCGACCCCGAGACGUUUGCCCUCCGGAUGCAGCACAUCGUGCUUAACGUGAAGCGCAAGACGUUCUCGCUCGGGCAGAUCAAGAUCUCGGACAUCUUGACGGCGGUGCUGAAGGCGGUCAGGCAGCACCAUGUGAAGAUGGAGGCGGAUUUCGUGAACACUGUGAUCUCGAUCUUGUUGUUGGAAGGUAUUGGGCGCCAGCUGGACCCAGGACUGGACCUCUUCAAGAGUGCGCUGCCGAUCUUGCGUCAGUUGGGAGACUAUCCACAGAUGCCGUCGGGUAACAUUGGGGCAUUCUUGAAGGUGUGGGUGUACAUGGAGGCACGCGAGCUUGCUUCAUCGGCGUUCGCGGACCCAGAUCAGCUUAUUAAAUACGACUGGUAAGCUCACGGUUAGUGUAUAGACAAUCAUCGCAGGUAGUAGACUGGAUUUUGCAACAACGGACAGCACCACUAGAGUACGUAUAGCUAGAAUAUCACCAUCUAGUCGGGAAGUUGGAUCAAUACAAGCCUUGUACCCUGUUGCGCUGGGUUCUCUGACAUCAC